AUGGACUAUAAGACCGCCGCACUCGCAGCGCAGCUGGUGCCGGCCACGUACGUGCAACAAGGCCUCGACGCCGUCCGCGCGCGCCACAAGCUACUGACGGCGUUGCUGGCCCAGCGCUGCCUCCCGGACAACGGGUGGGACGACGCGAGCGUCGAGACGCUCUUGCAGACGCUCUCGGCCAUGGACAGCAACAACUUUGGCGGCUGCGCAGGCGCAGGCGAGCGGGAGGCGCGUGUGUUUUCGACGCUCGUGGCGCGUCGACACUUUGGAUUGGCGCAUGGCGUGGGCCGAUCCGGCGACGUGGCGGCCGUGCAGCCGAAAGCCGCAGGUUCGUCGCUCAUGGUGCAGCUGGCGAACGCCCUGGCAAAGGACGUGCUGCGGCUCGCGGGCAUGCGAGCUGUCCAGGCAGCGGUGGUGCUGCCCGUGGCGACCGGCAUGUCGCUGAUGCUCGUGCUGCUGCACCUGAAGGCGGCAAAGCCCGCCGCGCGCUACGUCCUUUGGCCUCGGAUCGACCAGAAGUCGUGUUUCAAGGCCAUUUUGGCGGCAGGACUGACGCCACUGGUGCUGGCCAAUGUGUUGGUGAGGGAACCACGUGGCAGCUGUGGUGGGUACUUGACUACGGACGUGGCGGGGAUGGUGGCCUUGAUGGAGCAAUACGGCAGUGACAGCAUUUUGGCCGUCAGUAGCACCACGAGCUGCUUUGCGCCACGCGCGUAUGAUGCUGUGAAGGAGAUUGCCGAGCUGUGCCAGCAACGAAACAUUGCACACGUGAUUAACAAUGCGUACGGCGUGCAGGCCUCCACGUGCGUUCACCAGAUCGACAUGGCUAUGCGCACUGGUCGUGUGGAUGCUGUGGUGCAAAGUCUGGACAAGAACUUUCUGGUGCCAGUGGGUGGUGCAAUCGUGUGCUCGGCGUCUCGUGAAGUCGUUGACAGCGUGGCAAAGUUGUAUCCUGGACGGGCGAGCGCCACCCCCGCCCUCGAUUUUUUCAUCACCAUGCUUCAAAUGGGGAAAAACGGAUACCGACGACUACUGGAAGAGCGCAAACACCUCGCAGCUUAUAUGCGUGAGAAGCUCGAGAUGCUGGCUGCCGAGGAGGGUGAGCGUGUGCUGAGAGUCUCCACCAACGAGAUCUCGUGUGCGAUGACAUUAGCAACAUUCUGCUCGGACGUCGAAGAUAGGCAAGAGAAGUCGCGCCGGCUGACGAUGCUGGGUGCUAUGCUAUUUUCCCGUGGGGUGUCUGGGGCCAGAGUUGUAUCGUGCCUCGACCGCAAGAAUAUUGCCGGGUACGACUUCGACUCGUUCGGAGCGCACUACGACGAGUUUCCGGUGGCCUAUGUCACUUUUGCCUGUGCGUUGGGCAUGCAGCGAGGCGAGGUGGACCUGCUCAUGACGAAGUUGCGGAAAACGAUCCGCGACUGGCGAAAGAAACAAAAGAACGCGUCCACUCCGUGCACAGACGACAGCACCCAGAACCGACAGGACUGCCGAGCACGCGGAGCUAGUACAAAAUGA